GGCACCACCAACAACAUAACAAAAUUUAGCGGCUCAAAAAUUUAGCCCGUCCGUCGAAUUGUGGCCGAAUUUUUGUAAAUUUUGAAUAAAACACGAAGAUAUUGAAGAAACUCCAGACAAAAAGUGCACGUCCUUUGAUCAUUCUUCCAAUUCUGUGUGGAAAUGUCGAAGGUGCGGAGUCGCACGGUGGGCAGGUUUGUGGGCCUGGGCCGGCUGUCGUGCCACCGAACGCGGGUGCCGCGACCUGAAGGUGAUCUCGACCCUGGUUCGUCGCCGGCACCCUUCAGCGAGGGCGGCGAGAAGGUGACGUUGGUGCGCGAGGACUCGGCCCUUUUCGAACAACCGGCGGUGCGAACUCUGCUGAACAAUUCGCACGCCGUCUUUUCCAUCCUGCAGAGCUACGACCUGCACGAAAACCACACCGCGGACACCACCUUCGACCAUGGCUACCAAAUCUUCGACGUCGACCCUUCCGAGCUGUCCCUCGUGCACGCCAGCAGGGCUUACAGGCUCUUCCUGAGAGACUGCACCCUGGAAUUGCAGGAGAGUCAGGGUGCUGACAGGGAGCACACGCAAAACCUGAGCGCCCUUUUCUACAGUGUCGAGCUCAUUUUCCACCUGGCCGAAAUCCUCAACAUUGACAAGGGCCAGGACUCGAACUUGCUUCCGAAGCUGCAGGAGUGGAUGCGCUACCAUUUCCCCGAGAGCAUCGAGUUGGCGGAGAAGGUGCUCAGGGGCAGGGACGAGAAAACGCCCAUCGAGUGCCAUCCUGACUUUUGGUCUGCGGUCACCGGUCUUGUGGUGCUCGGCCAGGUCAGGGAGGCGCGCCAAUUGCUAGGUCAGCACUCCAAGAAGGAAACCCCGGCUGUCAGGGCGCUCAGGACGCUCCUCCACUCAAAACCUGACCUCAAGUCGAGUUCGGGCACUUCCGCAGUGAUAAACUUCACCGUCCAAUGGGAGGCGUGGCGCAAGGAGGUCCUCGAGCAGAUCACGAGCGGCGUGUUUGGCAGCAAUGUGCAGUGCCUGCAGCUGGCCGAGCUGCUUGCCGGGGACAACAAGGCCUUCAAGCUGGUCUACGAGCAGAGCGAGACGUGGUACAAGUUCCUGGUGUGCUACCUCACCUACUGGCAGCCCAGCGUGCUGCCCUACCAGCUCGGCGACCACGCACGCAUGUGCAUGAACAUGUUCGAGGCCCACGAGAGCCGCGCUCUCGACAAAAUCCUCCUCUCCCUCUGCGACUGCGACCUCUACCAGGUCAUCGAGAACCUGCAGGAGUUUGCCGAGUCAGGCUGGGCCGCCUUGCACCUCACAGACCUGCUCUUCCAUGCUGGUCGGCUUUCUAAUUUGGUCAGCCAGGAUUACAACAGGGUUGCCGAGAAUCUGAGACAGGACUUGAUCCUGCAGUUCGGGUGUUUAUUGGCGUCAAACGAUAGCCUUUGGCGGACAGGGCUGUCUUACCUGGACCUGGCAGGCCCUCAGGGUGUGGGCCAGGCUGAAUUAAUUCUACUCUCGCGCAAACCAGACUCUGAAGCCAACGCCGAAAUCCUGCUGCAGGAAUCAAGAAAGAGAAAUUUUGCCUCGGCAGAGCAAGUGAUCUGCACCGUGGUUAGCAGACAACAUGUGGGGCAGCGUCGGCUCGGCAGCGCCCUCAUGUGGGCCAUCAGGGCCGAGAACCACGGACUGUCCUCAAGCGUGGCUGAAUUAAUCCUCAGGCAAAUGGCCAAGGACGACCAGUUCUCCGUUGCAGACAUUCUCACUGACCUCGGCACCAGCAUCAUUUCCAGCGGAUACCUCGUUUUCUUAGUCAAGUACAACGAGUACCUGAGCAAGUACCAGCAGGGCAGCCGCAAGGAGGCCGUAGCCAUUUUGAUAGACCUACUCACCUCUGGAUUCGCCCCUCCAUAUUUUGUGCCUGUUCUUUUGAAGAAGGCUGGUCAGGCGGCCAAAGACUCGGUGAGCGAAUUCAGCUCGGCCGACCUUUGCAACAUUCUGGGGGUGCUGGAGGAAUUCGUGGUCACGGCGCAAAUCAACCCCAGCAAAGAGGCCAAAAGUGCCCUCGACAGUUUGGAAAGCUGCGAAAAGGAAAUCCGAGAGGUGCUGGCGCAGAGCAUUUGUCUCGCCGAAGUGUCCGAACUCUCUUUUGUCUGAAAUUUUCAGUGGCUUGCAUUAAGAAAUCAAAGUUAUUUUGUAUAUUUUUCUGAAGAAAAUUCAAAAGUGAAUAUUGAACAUUUUAUCACAUUGCAUAAGUUUCCAAGAAAUGGCGUAUAUAAGUAAUAAACUUCACGAAAAUCAUCUUCAA